UCGGUCCGUCGCCCCACGGACCGCCCACUGCAUAGAAUCCUCAGGGCUUAGUGAGUCCCCAAAUUGAAGGUCAUUUUAAUAAAUGCUGCUAUAAAGGAAGUCGUAUAUGGGUCAUUCCAAACACCGGCAUGCUUCUUGAUGCUUGUUGACCACCAGUUGACAGGAACAGUGUUGGAAACAUGGCGGCGGUCAGCAAGUACUUGACGGCCAAGAACUCUUCCAUAGCGGGGGGCGUACUGCUGCUUUUGUACCUCAUCAAACAAAGACGACGUUCAGAGAAGUUAAACGGCAAGAAUGGUCUCACAGAACCUCAAAGGAACCAUAAUAAGGAUGGAAAGAAAGAUCGGGCAGCUGUGGACAGGGUCUUCUUCGCACGGAUCUGUAGAAUCAUGCGGAUCAUGGUGCCACGAGCUUUCUGCAAAGAGACAGGUUACCUGAUCCUCAUUGCAGCCAUGCUUGUGGCGCGGACCUACUGCGACGUGUGGAUGAUCCAGAACGGCACCAUGAUCGAGAGUGCAAUUAUUGGUCGCAGCACAAAAGAUUUCAAGAAGUUCUUGUUCAGCUUCAUCAAGGCCAUGCCGUUUAUAUCGGUCAUCAACAACCUCUUGAAGCUGGGUUUGAAUGAGCUGAAGCUCUGUGUCCGUGUCAGGCUCACAAAGCACCUCUAUGAUGAGUACCUGAAAGGCUACACCUACUACAAAAUGGGUAACCUUGACAACCGCAUUGCCAAUGCUGACCAGCUGCUCACACAGGAUGUGGAGAGGUUCUGCAACAGUGUGGUGGACCUGUACUCCAAUCUCAGCAAGCCUCUCCUUGACAUUGGCCUGUACAUCUUCAAACUGACGACUGCCAUAGGUGCUCAGGGCCCUGCAACCAUGAUGGCAUACCUUUUGGUCUCAGGGCUGUUCCUAACCAGGUUACGUCGGCCCAUCGGCAAAAUGACAGUGACGGAGCAGAGGUACGAGGGGGAGUAUAGGUUCGUCAACUCCCGUCUCAUCACAAACAGCGAAGAGGUGGCUUUCUAUAAUGGGAACAAGAGAGAGAAGCAGACGAUCCAUACAACCUUCCAGAAGCUGGUUGAUCAUUUGCACAAAUUCAUAUUCUUCCGCUUCUCCAUGGGCUUUGUGGACAGUGUCAUUGCCAAGUACAUUGCCACUGUGGUGGGCUACCUGGUCGUGAGCCGGCCGUUCCUGGACCUCUCCAACCCCCGCCACCUGAACAGCACGCACACAGAACUUCUGGAGGACUACUACCAGAGUGGGCGCAUGCUGCUGAGCAUGUCCCAGGCCCUGGGCAGGAUCGUGCUGGCUGGCAGGGAGAUGACCCGGCUAUCAGGGUUCACAGCCCGGAUCACAGAGUUAAUGAAGGUCCUUACAGAGCUGAACUCUGGCAAAUACGAGCGAACGAUGGUCUCUCAAGACAAAGAAAUGGAAGCCUUAGAUAGUAUUACCCUGGUUCCUGGAAGUGGAGAAAUCAUCAAUGCAGACAACAUAAUCAAGUUUGAACACACACCCUUAGCCACGCCUAAUGGAGAUAUUCUGAUCAGGGACCUGUCCUUUGAGGUGACAUCUGGGGCUAAUGUUUUGGUCUGUGGCCCUAAUGGCUGCGGGAAGAGCUCACUAUUCAGAGUCCUCGGAGAGCUCUGGCCCCUGUUUGGUGGAUGCCUCACCAAGCCAGAGAGGGGGAAGCUGUUCUACGUUCCCCAGAGACCGUACAUGACCCUUGGAUCCUUGAGGGAUCAGGUGAUCUACCCAGACACGCAUGAGGACCAGAAGAGGAAGGGGAUCUCUGAUGAGGUGCUGAAGGAGUACCUGGACAACGUCCAGCUGGGACAUAUCCUGGACAGGGAGGGGUCGUGGGACACCGUGCAGGACUGGAUGGACGUACUCAGUGGGGGAGAGAAACAGAGGAUGGCUAUGGCGCGGUUGUUCUACCACAAGCCCCAGUUUGCCAUCCUGGACGAGUGCACCAGUGCUGUGAGCGUGGACGUGGAGGACUACAUCUACAGCCACUGCAGGAAGGUCGGCAUUACCUUGUUCACGGUUUCUCACAGGAAGUCCCUGUGGAAACACCACAAGUACUACCUGCACAUGGACGGGAGAGGGAGCUACGAGUUCAAACCCAUCACUGAGGACACGGUGGAGUUUGGAUCAUAAGGGGAGUAGCCUCUGUCAGACACAUGGAGAGGAAUCCAAGCAAUGCUGGACUUAAACCAGAUGUAAACUUUCAGAUAGGUUUUUCUGUGCUUAAACUGGAUGUAAUCUCAAAGUAUCGUACACUACAAAAGCAUACAGAAAGACGCUCUCACCCUGAAAAGAUUGUAGAUUGAGAAUGUAUGAGGAAAAUGUACUUAAAUGUUCUCAUUGUGAAAAAGAUGUUCAGCCAUGUGUAACAGAUUGAUGGACAUUCAAAAAGAGAACUUCCAUCUUUAAAAUGUAAGAUGAAUUGUUACUUAUAAAA